AUGUCGACUAAAUCUGAGCAGUUUUCAGCGAAGAUUCGCAGUCUUCAUGAUUACCAGAAUCGGUUAAUUCAUAAUAUUAAUCCAGUACCAACUGGUUUUGAUAUUGCAAAUACAUUGAAAUAUUUCACGAAUACUCUGAGGGGAAUUUUAAAAGGUGCACCUGAACCAACCGAGGCUGAAAUAAAUAGUAAACGUCGCAUCAAUGUCCGCCUUUCCCAUUUUCCAAAUCUUGACUAUUUUGGAUUGUACGGCGCUCUUGUCAACUUGAUAGAUAUUAUGCCAUCUGUACAGUAUGGGCAAAGUGCUCUGGGUGAAGCUAUCUUGCAAACGUUUGCCUGCAUCAUAGCGUUUCUCGAACCAGACAUCCUGGAAACGUUGCCGUACACCGUGGCGACCACGCUAGCGAUUUUUCCGGCGUCCGUAAAUAAGGAGACAGUUGAGUUGUUGUGUAAGACGUUCCUACCAAUGACUCUUUCUUUUUACUCAUUUUCAGACGAUACAGAUCGAAAUGAACCAUCUUAUGUCACAUUGUCCACUUCAGCCAUCACUAUGUUAGUUUUACAGCAAACGACCAAUAAAGCGUGUCAUGCCCAGUUAGUGGAGAGUAUGAUGACAUAUGCUGGAAAUGUAUGCAAGGAUCUAUUGUGCGUUAUUGCGUAUGGGCCACAGAAUGCCAGGAAACCAGCUGUUCACCUUCUCUUCCAUUACUGGCCAUCUUUGAUUCCACCAUUGACUGAAGUCAGAGAUUACAAAUAUGUUGCUUGGAAACCAAUAUCUUGUCAGAGAUCCGACUGCAGUAAUCCAAGCAAUAAACCAGCUGUAAAGAUUUGCAUGGAUCCUUCAGUAUCUGCACAAUACAGUGAGACUCCACCGCCAUUGUACGUUUGCACCGAGUGUAGUGACCUUAUUGCAAGGGAAACAAAUAAAAUUCUGAAAAAUGUACUUCUUCCACAAGAACAUGUAUCAAAAGUCUGUGAAAAUAAGAAUUGUACAUCACUUGAUAAGCUCGCUGUUGUCACAUGCUACGACAGUGAGUGUACACGUUACCAUGGAAACAAAGCUGUCAGAUACUGUCAGAAUUGUCAUCAACACCAGCAUGGAGUCGAGAGUAGUCACAUUCUGCAGGGCUUACCACCUGAUCCAUGGAACUGUCCUUUGGAAGAGCAGAGCUAUAUGGUUGAGGCAAUCGUCAGUUUAUUGAAAGAAGCUCAGCCUCUGGAUGAAAAGCGAGUGUUUGAAAUGGGCGUGUCUUCGUCCCACCACUAUUCGGCUGGACAUCAUUCCAACUUGCGUGAUCACAUUGAUAACGAGGAGUGGGAAAGCCAGGACGGUUCUGGUGAUGGACAAAGGAUUCUCAGUCGAUAUGGUGUAUGGAUGUUAGUAGAGAAGUGUACACCAGGAGAUAAUACACCGGUUGAAGUAUUUGGUCGUAUGUUAAGUAUGCUCUUCCAGUGGUUCGUUUCAACAGCAUGUCAGGUCGGUGAUGAUGCCGGGGUAGCUUUGGAACAAUUGAAACCGGAGUAUCUGGCAAACUGGUUGAUUGGAUUAAGUCACAGUCAUUUUGACGUGCUUGUUUCGUGUCUUCUACCACAUCCACCUGAAUAUGCCAAAGUUGGGGGUCACUGGGAGACAUUGUCAAGUACACUGUGUCAACUGGAGGAAGGCAUCAACAGAAUUCUAGCAUUGACACCAUAUAACAUUGUUAGCUUUGAGGUCUGGGAUUACAUAAUGCCACAUUGGGUUGAAGCUAUAUAUAAUGAUGUCUCCGAAGACGACUUGAUGAAACUUCAAGACCCAUUACAGAAGCUGUUGGCAAUUGAUCUGUGUCCACUACCUUUCUCUACCGAGAAAAUGUUUUCAUUUGUCAGCAGAAAGUUUGAAAACAGUCCAUCUGAAGAACAGGAACAUGGGCUUACAUGGUUGCAGAUUCUCUCACAACUUGAAAUUGUUAUUCCUCUACAACUUGUACUCAGCAUGUUCAAUAAAGGCGUAACUGGUUUAAUACCAUCUGAUCAAGCGGUCAGUGAAAAUGAACCCGCCGCUACAACAACCCCUGAUGUGAACAAGAAAAAGCAUGUAGAAAUUAAGAAACUGACCGGUAACGAAUUACGUGUUACCUGUUUUGUUAUGAUGUUGGAUUUAGUCCUGAAACAGGCUGAGCUUCAAGAUCUCCCCUUUCAUCAAGGUUUGGAAGAUAGCUUAUCCAAAGAUAUGGUAUCGUUGAUAACACAGAUGUUGUCUGUCGGUUGGAAUGAGAACCAUAAAUGUAGUGAAGACGAACACUUGGAAUGUACACUAUGUGAAUUGACAGCAUUAUGGUUUCAAUUAGCGUUGGAUCUUAUCACGUACAUAGCACCCAGAGAUCCUAUCAAGAUCUCUGAAUUGAUGGAGAUUACAGAUAAAAAACUCGAACAGACCAUCAACGAAGCUUUGCAUAUUCAUGAAUCAAAGAGUCAAGCCAGCCAUGAGUCUAGUGAUGCUGAGCCAAGUAAAGAGAAGGUUUCCACCCCUUCUGUCGAUGAUUUGCUGAAUAUGGGGAAUAAUAUUGAUACUGAAUUUGUUGCGCCAAAUUUUGUGUCUGCAAAUGGUUUCUCGGCGACAAGGGUAACUUCAACCAUGGCCACAAGUAAUGGUGUCUCAUUCUCACCUACGUUCACUGUUCCCAGUACUGGAGUCAGCCGACAGGUAUACCCGCUAUUAUCGGAGACAGAUACAUUGUCAAGUCUGUCUGCUGAAGCAUUGUGUACUGCCGUUGCAGAAAAUGGUACAUCAUUAUAUUCUGCCAGUUCUGCACACACCAAGAUGUUACUGACAGCGCAGCACGCCAGCAUGCCACCACAUCCUUCCAUUUUGAAAGAAUCAACACCACAGUUGACGAUUGCUAAUACGACCAUACCCGCUGUGAUCACCACCAACGCAGCCACCAAUGGUACUACAACUAAAACCACAAUAGCAGAUGCUAAUAAACAUCAUAAAAAAGGUCAAUCUGUGGAAAUCAACAUACCUGUGAUUGAUCCCAGUGAGAAGAGUAAGACUCCCAAUGGAUCUGAAAGCUCUUCUUCCGAGGAUAAGUGGCCAACCAGUCACGGAGUAUUUACCUUCCGCAUCAGUGAGUUCCCCAAAUCUCUGCAAUUGUUAUAUGCAUUUCUGAAGGAACUACCAAGGCAUGAUGACCCUGAUAUUUUGUUACAUUUAGUUAGUUGUAUCAAGGUACUUUGUUUGAACGCAGAGUGUCUGAACAAUGCUGCCAAGGAUCAUAUCGGUUUCUUGAUAUGGUUACAAGAAAAUUUGCUUCUUCCAAGUUUUUGGAAGUUUUUACAUGCUGACUUAUCCCACGUGGUGCAAAUAUUGGUAUUGUUAAUUCUACACUGCAUGGCGCUCCCAGGUUCAAUGGACGUCUUCUGGGAGUUAGUGGACACAGAGUUCAAUAGUGACGACUGGCAAGUCAGGUUUAAUGCAGUGGAGUGUAUAACAGUAAUGUGUCGAUUUAUUGAGAAGAAGAUGAUAUCUAACAAUGCAGCAAUCAUGUCAUCAUUAGCACAUUCAUUCUGUUAUUUGAUCAGCUGUGUUGAUGACAUCUGUCCAUCUGUGUCCGCUAAAGCUGUACUCAUGAUAGAGAGUAUCAAAAGAAGAUCACUCAAGGUUUUGGUGUCAUGUUUAGAAUUCCAGUGGGAUUCUGUAAUUGAUGACCGCCGUAUGAUACUACGUCAUAUAAGUAUAUUGCAUCAUUAUCUCCCCGACAUCAAUGCGUUAUCCUGGGAAUUCUUCAUGAACCGAUUGGACACAAUUUCAUUGGAAGCACAGGUUGAUUUAGAACAGAACAAAGAAUUCCCAUUUCCUGUUGAUAUGACCAGGUCAAAUGCUGGGCUCAUGGAUCGCAGUGAAGCAUUUAUGCGAAAACUGAAUCGUGCCAGAUUUGCUCGUUCUCGGUCAGAGAGUGUACGCUCUUUGAGUUUAAACAUCACUGCAAGGUACUUGCGUCCUACUAAACAUGGAGACUAUAGGAGAACAGUAUCUAUGCCAGUUAAUGUACCAGUUAAUAAAAUGCGAGUCCGUCAUCGUUCAGGUGAGAAGAGUACCUACAGUCGUCAAAUCUCUGAGCCAAUUUUACCACAUUCAUGUCUUGGUGACAAUCUGUUUUCAGAUGGACAUCUGAAGAAUGGUGAAGAUGAUUGGUUUGAGAUACCUCCUGAAAUUGACCUGUCAUCAUUAGACAAAGAAACUAUACAUAAUUUGAUAUUUCUCAUGAUGAAAUUUAUGACUACAACUGAUAUUGAAAAUAAUCAAGACGAGCGGUUUGCCGGCAAAGCCAUGAAUACAGUACUACGUCAUACUAUGGUGUUGUUGGGUUAUAACCAAUACGAGAAAGCCUUCUCACUGUCCCCGCACCAACUCAGACAGUCAGCUGUAUAUUAUGCUCUUCUGACUGGACUGCCAAAGGUUUUGGAUAAGAAUGUCAAGUUAGGAACUCAAUUAAUGCUGUUGACAGUAGAUUUGUUGAAGUACUGCCCCUCUCCUCAGAAGUCACCACAUGACUUCCAGCCAGUCGAUUACACCCUAUGGUACCUGGAGCCACAUUGUCGGCACUCCUGGCUAAUGACGUUACUUGUCAUCCUAUAUAAGUAUCGACUAGACAUGAGCACAAUGUCAAAGCAAAUACAUGAUUUAAUACGGAUUGCCAUGAAUACCAUUGAUGCUCAAGUUCAUUUCUGUAAACCCAAAAAACCGGAACCACCACAAGCGGAAGAUAUUUGGGGAGCUACGAGUCCAGCAUUGCCGGCGCAGAAAGCAGGUGUCAUUGAAGAAGAAGAUGAUUCUAGUAUUGAAACUGAAUCCUCGGCACCGCACAGUCCAUCGUCACCAUUGCUAGAAGCAGAAAGUCAACCCCCAUUACCGACCAAUGCCAAUGUCAACGUCACUAUUCCUCAAGAGAACACAGCAGCCAACAAGCGAGAAGAAAACGCAAGUAUAUUUGCCAAAAUUUUCUCCAAAUCAAAGGAUGAAUCAAAAGGGAAGAUGUUGAGCACUAGUUGGAGUGUUGGGGAUUUUCGCAAAUCGGGGUCGGGAAAGAUUGCUAAAAGCAUUUCUUACAGUGCUUUGAGUAAAGAAAGUAGAGUCACUGGAGUGGAUCACAAUGGAAGGCAACCCACAUCUAUUGAUGCUAAGCAACAUCUCCAUGGGUUACCAGAGUCACCAGUUAUCAAGGAAGAAGAAGAUGAAGAAGAAGAUGGAGAGAAUGAUUAUGAUGAUGAGGAAGAGGAGGAGGAAUCAGCUAAGCCUGAGCAACCACUAUUGAAAAGCGAUGAAGACUCAACACCAUUGGUUACUAUCGAUGAUUUGUUGCGCUCUUCUACCCCUCAGUUUACCCUUGGUGGGGACGGAGACAGUUCAGCAUCAGAUCCAACCACGCCACCAAAUGGCCAGAAUGUAAAUGCACAGCAACAACAGCAAGAAGGUACCCCAAUACCCAGCGACAGCAUGGAUGAAAAGAGAACCCCAGAAUCUGCACGAACCUCUGAAAGUGAAUCAGACAUCCCAAAAUUCAUCAAGUUCCGAGCCAAGAAACAUCGUAAGAUCGGUCUGAGUUCGGUAGUUGCUCAAAAGCUGGCUCUCGGUGGGGAAAGAGAGUAUACCAAGGCACAAACAUUGAAAAAAGCGAGUAAAGGGGCUCAAAAAGAAAUUGAUAAGGCGAAGAGGGAGGACAGGAAAUCUCGAAGACAACGUGUUAAAUCGAAGAGAAGAAGUUCAAAAGGAAAGACAAAACAUAGUAGUGUGUUUUCUGCUGUGAGGAGAUAUCAUGAUGAUAAAAACAUCAUAGUGGCCAAUAAGUGUUCUGAAUGCGGUGUAGCGCUGGAGGAGUAUGACGAAGACACUAUAUCAUUGGCUAUUGUAACUUUAUCAACAUAUGUACAUAGAGACCCAUCACAAUCAGCUCCACUGCUCAUGGAAAUGCUACAAGUAGUUGGCAGAAUUGCUGGUUCUACAUUGUAUCCAUGGCAACCUGAAAGCCUUGUGAACACCCCAGCUAGUUCUAUUACGGUGGCUCGUCAGUUUCUGCGAUGUACAUUGCAUCAGAUGGCGCCGAUGGGAAUCUUUCCACAGUUAUUUCAAACUAGGAUGGAAGAUCCGUAUUUUAUGAAGACAUUGGCUGCAUCUCUCACUGACUUCAAUGAACUCAACCCUAUAGCACCUAUUUCAUACUUACUGGAGGGCUUGAACUUCAAGAAAACUUUACCAGGUCAACAUACCCUGAUUGUGUUGUAUAAUUUGGCAGACUACCUUGAGUGUCUACCAACAGAGUCAGCAGCCGUGUGGUCACCUGUCUUACCAUUAUUUGAAACAUUCUUUCGGAAGCUACUUGGAUUUUUACCAGACCAUUGUGAUAUGACGUCUACGUUUCGGAUAAUGAUUGCUUUACUGAAGACACCAAUUUCUAAGAAUCUACAGGCGUUACUUGACCCUUUCUCUAAAGUGAUAAGUUAUGCGUUACAGAAAUGCCGAUGUAAAUUACAAAAUUUAUUGGAUAUCUGUAUGGCAUGUCAUCGCACUUUUAUUAAGGAAAGGGACAAAAUCUACUUAACACGUGCCACAGUGUUAGAAUUGAGCACAGCAUUGAAGUUCAAGUCUGCUUUACCAGAUGCGAAUAUACUCCUGAUACUUCAACUUGUGCUCUUGGAUUCUGGUGGUCGGUUGAGUGAAUCCAAUAUAUUGGAAGAAGAAAUCGGUGUUUAUGACAUUAAAUCAUUGGGGCCUACUGGUGCAGCAGAUUGUAUGAAACAAAGUUUGAGUGACGCCCUUGAAUUCAUUGGUGAUCUCCAUACUCUUACUAAGGUCAAGAACAACAUGAAAGGGGGAUCUCAGAAUUUAAAUGAAGACACUCUGGGAAGUCAUCUUAAAGCUGGAAUAGCUCAGUUUAUAGCAGUGGAAUUCACAUACGCCAACCAACGAGACUCUAGAGGAAUAAACCGAUAUCUUCCAUGGCUCUGCCAUCCACCAUCAACCAUGCAACAGGGCCCCAGGGAGUUCAUUGACUGCAUCGCUCACAUUCGUAUGCUAUCCUGGUUACUCCUUGGUUCGUUAAUGCACUCUGCCAUGUUUGACAACGCUAUUGACAAUAACGGUGUGACAUGUCAGCCGAUACCGCUAGAAGCUGGUAUACAUAUAGCGGACCAUGUAUUGGUUAUAUUGACUGGGUUCUCAGAGCUAUCCAAGACAUCAGUCUUACACAUGUCAUCUCUGUUUCAUGCGUUUAUACUGUGCCAGCUAUGGACGAUGUACUGUGAGCAAUCAGCGAGUAGUAGCAGUGCAAACUCAGAACUGCAUAGUGUUGCCUCUCUCACCAUCAUGGAUUUCUGGGGAAGAGUCACUCCAGGUAUAUUACAGUUGUUGUCGCACUCCAAAGUGCUGGCUGAAAUGGUCAAUUUGCAUUUUCUUGGUCUAAUGGAAGCCUUACAAGAAUGCAACUCUUCAGUUCUUUCCAAGCUGUUUCCACUGUGGACACCUAUUCUAUAUAGUUACCAUGCACAGCUUCCUGGUAGCAUGCAUGUACGAUUACAGACAGUGGAAAACUACCAACCAGCUGAUCCCACCAAGAUGGAAGUAUUGUCGUAUCGUUCACAAAUGUUACUGAAGUGGUUAAAAAGAUUACAAUUUAAAAUGGGUCAGAUAGAAAUCCAGUCAUCUGCAGCGACCCAGUUUUAUACAGUGUGAAAAUAAUCAUAAAUUUGUAACUAUACACUGCCAAUAUAGUUUCCGUAUUUUUUGUGAGCAGAUUAACUGAGUGAUCAACUGUCAAUUUAACCAACAUGUGGCGAUAUUUCACCUGCUAUGUACAUUUUGUAAUCGUGUCUUGUAUAUCUUUCCAGACCUGAAUUGGGACCCCCUAGGUUGAUCCACAUAGUAGCAGUACCAGUUUUAUCGCCUCACCCC